AUGUCCAACCCACGUCUAUCGGUCACCUCCGUUUUCUACGGUGCAGUUAUCAAUCCACAGAACUUGAGAGAGUAUGCUAUCCUUCCUCGCGCUGUCAUAGCUCUUGAUCCUAGUGGAAACAUAGCGUGGAUUGAACACGACGUAGCCCCUAAUGACAUGCAGGAUGUGAUCAACCACAGGCUAUCCGAAACUUAUGUACCAGCUGGAAAUGCUGCCCACGUCACCAUUACAAGACUAGAAGAUGGUGAAUUCAUCCUACCAGGAUUUGUAGAUACCCAUACACACGCUCCUCAAGUGCCCAACACCGGAAGAGGCCAGCAGUAUGAGCUGCUGGAGUGGCUAGACAAGAUGACAUUCCCAAUGGAAGCUCGCUACCAAGAUAUCCUAUUUGCGAAGAGAAUAUACACGGAGGUCGUUCGCCGGUUCAUCGACUGCGGCACUACUACGUGCUGUUAUUACGGUAGUGUCCAUCUGGAGGCCACGAAAACCCUAGCAGAUAUUGUUCUGGAUUUCGGACAGCGUGCUCUCGUCGGUAAAUGUUGUAUGGAUAGAGAAUGUCCAGACGAUGUCCGAGAUUAUUCUGCAGGUGCCUCCGUCGAAGAAACAAAGGAACUAAUAGCAUACAUCCGUUCACUCAAAUCCGACUUAGUUCAGCCAGUGAUUACUCCUCGCUUUGCCAUAAGCUGUACGAACGAGCUACUUCGCGGGCUUGGCGACCUGGCCAAAUUAGAUAGCACACUUGCCAUUCAGACGCAUAUAUCCGAAAAUAAAGGAGAAAUCAUUCUGACGCAGGCGUUGUUCCCAGACUGUCCUACCUAUACCUCGGUGUAUGAUACCUACGACCUUCUUGGCAAGAGGACGAUUUUAGCGCACGGUGUACGUUUGGAGGAUGAGGAGCUACAACUCAUAAAGAAGAAAGGCGCAGGUAUAAGUCAUUGCCCUACGAGUAACUUCAAUAUCAGGAGCGGUAUGGCAAAGGUAGGCGAGAUGCUCGAUAGAGGAAUCAAGGUCGGCCUCGGAACUGACGUAUCAGGAGGGUAUUCUCCCUCGAUCCUUACUGCCAUCCAACACGCCUCCAUUUGUUCCAAAAUGGUCGCAGUCCAAUCCGAAAUAGAUGUGGAUGUAGGCGCACCCGAACGUCCUGGUUUCGCGAACAAGCAACUCCCAAUCGCAACGCUUCUCUAUCUAGCAACACUCGGUGGUGCUUCUCUUUGUUGUAUGGAAGACAAGAUCGGCUCUUUCGCACCUGGCAAGAGCUUCGACGCACUUAUCGUCAGCGCACGUCCUGAAACGGGGAACCCGUCGAUGUGGAGCUUGUCUGAUGAGUUUUUGGAAAUUUGUAGCACUUCUCGACCUCGUGGAGGAAGCGAAGCGAAACAGGCUUUAGAUGCGUUGCUUGAGCGUUUCCUGUUCUGUGGUGAUGAUAGAAAUAUACUCAAGGUGUUCGUGCAAGGUAGAUGCAUUGGUGGAAAGUCAUCUCGAUCUUAG